AUGGACUCGAAAGAUGGCUCAAGCUUGGAUUGCCAGAGGGCAAAGUUGAUGUCAGAUGAAGGGAUCAUUGAGGAUGGACUCGAAGAUGGCUGCAAGCUUGGAUUGCCAGAGGGCAAAGUUGAUGGAUCAGAUGAAGGGAUCAUUGAUGAUGGACUCGAAGAUGGCUGCAAGCUUGGAUUACCAGAGGGCAAAGUUGAUGCAUCAGAUGAAGGGAUCAUUGAGGAUGGACUCGAAUAUGGCUGCAAGCUUGGAUUGCCAGAGGGUAAACUUGAUGGAUCAGAUGAAGGGAUCAUUGAGGAUGGACUCGAAUAUGGCUGCAAGCUUGGAUUACCAGAGGGCAAAGUUGAUGGAUCAGAUGAAGGGAUCAUUGAGGGAGCCCUUAAUGGUGAAGCAGUUGGAGCUAUGUUUGGGGACUGCUUAGGUGAAAUAGUUGGUGAUCUUGUCGGAGAUACUGUUGGGGAUUGGCUUGGAGCAUUGCUUUGUGUAUUGCUUUGA